GGUGAAGAUGAUAAGAAGGUUGAGGUCACCCUUGGCCGAGUUCUUUCACGCCAGCCUGGGAUCGUCGGUCGGAAUACUUGCGUUGUCGGUGCGACAUCGGAGCACGAUGAGUGGAAGGGUAAAGAACUGGUCGUCAAGGUCAGUUGGCCUGCUACCAGUCGAAAAUCGGAGACAGAGUUUGUCAUUACAGCCAGAGAGAAGGCGCGAUCCAUGCCGGAAGGGAAAAGGCCAGAUUGGGCCUUAGACCAUUUGCCCGACAUUCUCCUUUCUCAAGACUUUAAUCAUGGCGCGGAUUCUACUCAGGCGAAUCUCGUGGCCUUCUUUGCAAAAGCUAUGUUCGCAGAGGCGGAAAAGUUCGAGUAUGAAAAACGCAUCUGUCGAAUUACAGUCCAGGAGAGGCUGUAUCCUCUUGAAGAACUGCGGACGGUUCAAGAAUAUGCUCAGGUCUUUUUUGAUAUUUUGCAGAUUCACAAAUGGCUGUAUGAUCACCCAGGAAUCCUCCACCGUGACAUCAGUCCCGGGAAUAUCAUGUGGCGCCGCACUGUCGACGGUCAUUUACGCGGGGUCCUCAAUGACUUUGACUUGUCCGCCUACCGACAUGAGACUGGCCCUUCAUCGCGUCAGCGCACCGGUACUCUACCCUACAUGGCGUUCGAACUCCUCAUCAACGACGAAAAUGGUCAUCCACCAAAGCAUCUCUAUCGACACGAUGUAGAGUCCAUCUUCUACGUCAUUCUCCUCCUCUGUUGUCGUUACGAGGUUGUGGCUAACCAAGAUCUUGACGGACGCCCGAUCCUGGAA